CAUUCCGUACAAGCAGACAAUCAUAGUGGGCUGAUUCUCCGCUUAAAAGGCAAGUGCAGUCUUACUAAGGCCAACACCUAACACUUAAACCCGCUGCUGCUUACAGUUUCCCUUUGACAGUUAAGGAUUACGGGAGGUCGAGCUAUACGGUUGCAAUCAUGCCGCCCAACAUUUACUGCUUGAUGUGGGUCCUGUACGUGACGUCAUGCGCAAUGGGCCAAUCAGAUGCAGUGGAUAUCUGCGCCGUGGAGGCCACUCCAUGGAAACGCUUUGAGGGAACCUUGGUGCACGUGUCGGUGGGACAAGCGGGGGUGUGGGGCGUGGACGCAAACAAACUCAUUUUCUACAAAGACCCUGCGUACGGGGAAGAUCCGAACUCUUGCGAACCCUGGGAGCUGAUCACGGGUAGUCUGAAGCAGCUAGAUGCGGGCAAAGACGUCGUCUGGGGUGUCACCAGUAGGGACCACAUUUACUAUCGACAAGGCAUCACCCCAAGCGCCCCAAAAGGUACGCAAUGGGUUCGAGUUCCAGGCCUUUUGAAACACGUCAGCGUCAGCCAGAGGGGCCAUGUCUGGGGCGUCAACUCCAACGACAACAUUUUCCACCGCAUCGGAGCCAGUAACUGCAACAGGGCCGGGGACAGUUGGCGGCAAAUCUCCGGGGGACUGAAGCAGAUCUCGGUGGGUAGCUCGGGCGUGUGGGGCGUGAACUCGGGUGACAAUAUCUACUACAGGGACGGUACGCACGGCGAUCCCAAGUCAGAUCCAGACGGUAGCGGCUGGACCCAGGUUCCUGGCGCACUCAAGUACAUCAGCUCUGCCGAUAAGGUGUUCGGGGUCAACGCCAACGAUGCCAUCUUCUACCGUGCAGGCGUGUCGGCUGCCGCGCCGAUAGGCAACGCGUGGAGGAACAUACCAGGAGGCCUAGAGCAGAUCGAGACACUCUCCUGCGCUGUUUGGGGUGUCAACGGCAACAACGAAAUUUACGUGAAGGACAUUGAGUAAAGGGCCAGAUCGACAUUCGUGACAUUUAGUUUUGUUGACAGAGGUUAUGUAAGAGAAAAAAAAUAAUUCUGUUACAAUUUUUGUAACUUUUUGAGAAAAAAAAUUAAAGGAGACUUAUAUAACUGGAGUUAUGUCACCAGAAACUCUUUAAUUUGCAAAUGACAAUAUAGAUUUAUUUAGUAAUCACCAACGGAUAUCAAUUGAACUUAUCUAAGUAAUUAUAUAGUUGAAGCAUUGUGCCACUUUAUUAGUAAUGCAUGUAACAAACGUCUAAAUAUUGGAAUUCACAUUGUGCAAAAAACGCGCCCUAAAAAAAAUCGUAAAGGCUCGACUUUAAGUUUGUUUGUAACCAUUUUCAUAAAUUUGACACUCUUGUAUAUUCGUGAUCCGUUUUUGAGUUGACCCCUAAACCAUGGGUGUCGCCAGGAUUUUUCAAGAGGGGGCAAAGCCCUUCCCCCAAAAUCCCUAUAUUUUUUUAGCAUUUUCCCGAUUGAUAAUUUGUUUUCGAGGGUGGGAUGGGACAUUUGCCCCGCCCCCACAACCCAUUAAAUUAACAACAAUAUGAUUUCACGCCUCUUUUCUUUUUUCUUUUUUCCCUCCUUUCUUUUCCCUUUUUUUCGAGGGGGGGGGGGGGGGGGCUUGUCCGGGGGGCAAGAGCCCCCCCUUUUUCUCCUCCCCUCCCGACGCCCAUGCCUAAACGUUUGUGUUUACAG